AGCACGCAGUCCCAGUAGUCAACCAAUUGUUACGCCAAGCGGAUCGGAUCCAUCAUGUCCCAGAAUCCCAAGAGCACCUACAAAUUGUGGGGCGGUAGGUUCAGCGAGAAGCCCAACGAAGCACUUCAGUCGCUGAACAAUAGCCUGCCCUACGAUUCCCGCCUGUAUGCGGAUGAUCUGGAUGCCAGCAAGGCGUAUGCCGAGGCACUCCACAGAGCAGGUCACCUGAACGAAGCGGAGGCGGAUAAGCUGGUGAAGAAUCUGGAGCUGUUGCGAUUCGACUGGAUCGAGGGAUCGGUGAAGUUCCAGCCCGGCGACGAGGAUGUGCACACGGUCAACGAGCGACUGCUGGUGGGGAUCACCGGUGAGCUGGGCCAGCGGCUUCAUACGGGAAGGAGUAGGAACGACCAGGUGGUCACCGACAUGAAGCUUUGGCUUCGCAAGGCCGUUCGUGAGAUUUUGGCAAAACUUGGUCGCAUCAUAGAGACCGCCACCCGACAGGCGGAACUCCACCUGGGUGUCCUGAUGCCCGGAUACACCCAUCUGCAGCGGGCCCAGGUCGUCCAGUUUUCCCACUGGCUGCUCUCCCAUGCCUUCGCCCUGCGCGAGGAUGGCCAGCGGUUGAUGGAGCUCCGGGAUCGGGCCAAUGUCCUGCCCCUCGGCAGCGGCGCCCUGGCGGGGAAUCCCCUCGGCAUCGAUCGCCUGUGGCUGGCCGAAAGGUUGGGAUUCUCGGGCGUCACCGCAAACAGCAUGCACGCCGUUGGAGAUCGCGAUUUUGUGGUUGACUUUAUCUACUGCUGCUCCCUGGUGAGUCUGCAUCUGUCCCGUUUGGCCGAGGAUCUGAUCAUCUACAGCACCAAGGAGUUCGACUUCAUCCGACUGGCCGAUGGCUUUUCCAGCGGAAGCAGCCUGAUGCCCCAGAAACGGAAUCCGGACAGCUUGGAACUGAUUCGCGGCAUGGCCGGAGUGAUCACUGCCAAUCUGACGGGCAUCAUGAUGACCAUCAAGGGCACCCCGUCCACCUACAACAAGGACCUGCAGUUCGACAAGGAGUACUGCUUCCAGUCCUUCGACAAGCUGUCCCAGGUGCUGGAGGUGACCGAAGGCGUCCUGCUGACAAUGCAGGUGAAACAGGAGUCCAUGGAGGCUGCCCUUAGCACGGACAUGUUGGCCACUGACUGGGCCUACUACCUAGUGAAGAAGGGGAUUCCCUUCCGUCAGGCGCACCACAUUAUCGGUCGCGUGGUUUCGGAGGCCGAAAGUCGAGGCGUGGACAUUACCGAUUUGCCGCUGGGCGAUCUGCAGGCCUUUAGUCCGGUCUUUGGAUCGGACAUCGUCGGUGUGGCGGACUACGCCAACAAUGUGCAGCAGUACAAUGCGAUCGGUGGCACCGCAAGUAGCAGCAUUGUGGAGCAGCUGCGGUUACUCAAGAAUUACGUCAAGAACUUGCGCAAACAGUCCUAGGAACUGCCAUUUUAUUUGUGUUGUACUUUGGUUAUCAAAUUAAAAAUUUUAUGUAAACACUUUAUUACAAAUUA